CUCAAACCGGAUAAUGUGUUGAUUUCAAUGGACUAUAAGAUAAAGUUAUGUGACUUUGGUUUGGCUAAAGAGGUCCCAAAUUGUGAUCCGUUUCUUAUGCCUAAAGCCAAACAUACGGCAGAUGUGGGAACUGUUGACUAUAUGGCACCAGAAGUCAAUACAUAUCCAAUUGAAUACAACCAUUUAAUAGAUAUCUACAGUCUAUCUCUAAUUGGGGCUCAAAUUUUUGGUUUCGAUACAUACGAUAUAAUUGAGGGAAGAAACUCUUGA